GAAUUUAUAAUAGUUUGAGCUUUUCAGCAACUUUUGCGUCAACUACAGUUUCUCCACUGAGCCCCAUUAUCACUCAGACUUGCCUGUAAGGAUAACCUAUUACAACGAUGUCGAUUCCUUCAACUCUAUUAAAUGACGAAACGGAACGUAUCAAGACAUUCGAAGGACGAUGGCCUCUAUCAUGGAUGGAUAUGAAACUACUGGCGCAAACUGGAAUGUACUACACGGGCACAGAUGAUACAGUUAAAUGUAAUUUUUGUGGGGUCGAAAUCAGUCGCUGGGAGGAGACGGAUCAUCCGGUCCUUGAACAUAUGCGAUGGUCCCCGAAUUGCCCGUUGAUGCGAAGACGAUAUACAGCAAAUAUUCCAUUAGAUGAAGUUGUACUAGAUAGGAUCCUCCCACCUGCCACAUAUGAUGUUUGCGGUGCAACUGAAAUUUUAGAUAUCAGACCCCAAGCUUACCCCGAAGAUUCAAUCAUGCAACCGAUCCGAUUCCCAGAUCAUCCUGAAUAUGCUAUUGAGACUGCACGCCUUCGAUCGUUUGCAGGGGGGGUCAGGACAAUGAAACGAAAAUUGGAACAAUUGGAGGACGCUGGCUUCUUCUACACGGGCAUUGGCGAUCGAGUGAAAUGUUUUAGCUGUGGCGGUGGACAAAAGGAUUGGGAUGAAUCGGAUGAUCCAUGGGAACAUGUUUCGUGGCUGCGCAAUUAUCAUUUCUUGAAAUUGAAUAAAAUUGAAAAGUUUAUCGAUUUCGUUAUUGCCAAAUUCAAAUCGAAUAAGGAAAGCGAAACGAAAAACGAAGGUAGCAAUACAUCGAGUACGAGUGGUGUGUCGAGCGAUGAUGAACAUUCGUCGCACGAGUUAGAAGCAGCUAAGGAUGAUGAAGUGAAUUCCACCGAAUCAGAACAAAAAGGAGGAAGUUUCGAAUUGCGUGACAAAUGCCGUCAUAGCCAUAAGAAAAAGAUAGUUCCAAAUGAGAAAGUUUGUAAGAUAUGCUACGUGAACGAAUACAACACUGCAUUUUUGCCUUGCGGUCAUGUAGUUGCGUGUGUAAAGUGUGCAUCCUCCGUUACAAAGUGUCCAAUGUGUCGGCAACCUUUUUCGAACGUUAUGCGAGUGUAUUUUUCUUAAUUCAACAAUUCAAAAUAUUGGCAGCGAAGUAUCUAUGUAAAGCUGGAAUAUUAUCUGCAGCAACAUUUAAAAAUUGGAGGGAACAUCUAAACACCAAUAAACU